UUUUUUUUUAAUGCCCCUCCUUUGCUCGCAACCUGUAGACGUGAGUUCUGAGUGGUGCUGUGAAGCAGGAGGCUGGCCAGGCGCUCGCUCGGGUGCCUGUCCCGGAGACGCCUCGUCGCAGUCUUAACAGGCAGGUCUCCCAUCCCCGCUUCUCUGGCCGGGGUCUGGAAGUACUCACGCAUGGGCAAGAAACUAUGACUGUGCCCUUAUUCUCCCUAACCUUUCUCUUCUCAUUAGCAUCCGUCCUUAAUUGAAGAGCCAGUGACUAUUGGCUGAAGUUCCCAGCGAUUUGCAUGAAUUGAGGGAGUGUCUUCUGCCGCCCUCCUGUCAGGAGCGCGCUGACUGCAGCCUCCCUGGGAAUGCGCGGUCGAGGGAAUGCGCGCAGCUCCAGGGCCCUGGCAGCGAGCUGGCGCCCAGCGACCUGGCACCCGCGCCUGGAUAUGGGGCAUUUACAACGUCCCAGGAGCAGUACCAGCCACAGGAACCUGCAGCAUCUGUUUAUGUUUUUCCUCUUCGUGGGACCCUUCAACUGCCUCGCGAGCUACAGCCGGGCUACGGAACUCCUGUACAGCCUGAACGAGGGACUACCUGCCGGGGUGCUAAUCGGCAGCCUGGCUGAGGACCUGCGGCUGGUGCCCCGGUCCUCCGGGAGCCAAGACCAGCGACCACAGGCGUCUGAGAGCGCCAGCAUUGAGCGGAACCCGCCUCUCUCCUUCAGCCUGGCAUCCCGAGGACUGAGUGGCCAGUACGUGACACUGGACAAUCGUUCCGGAGAGCUGCACACUUCUGCCCAGGAGAUUGACCGAGAAGCCCUGUGUCUGGAAGGAGGAGGAGGGGUUACCUGGGGCGGCAGCCUCUCCAUCUCUUCCUCCCCUUCCUCUGACUCCUGCCUUUUGCUUCUGGAUGUGCUGGUUCUGCCUCAGGAAUACUUUAGGUUCGUGAAAGUGAAAAUCGCCAUCAGGGACAUCAAUGAUAAUGCCCCACAGUUCCCCGUUUCCCAAAUUUUGGUAUGGAUUCCAGAAAAUGCACCUGUCAACACCCGGCUGGCGAUAGAGCAUCCUGCUGUGGACCCAGAUGUAGGCACUAAUGGGGUACAGACCUACCGAUUACUGGACUACCAUGGGAUGUUCACCCUGGACGUGGAAGAAAAUGAAAACGGGGAGCGGACCCCUUAUCUUAUCGUCAUGGGAGCUUUGGACAGAGAGACCCAGGACCAGUAUGUGAGCAUCAUCAUAGCCGAGGAUGGAGGAUCUCCACCACUUUUGGGCAGUGCCACCCUCACCAUUGGCAUAAGUGACAUUAAUGACAAUUGUCCUCUCUUUGCAGACUCACAAAUCAAUGUCACAGUGUAUGGGAAUGCUACCGUGGGCACCCCUAUUGCAGCUGUCCAGGCUGUGGAUAAAGACUUAGGGACCAAUGCUCAGAUCACCUACUCUUAUAGUCAGAAAGUUCCACAGGCAUCUAAGGAUUUAUUCCAUCUGGAUGAAACCACUGGAGUCAUUAAACUUUUCAGUAAGAUUGGUGGAAGUGUUCUGCAGACACACAAGCUCACCAUCCUUGCUAAUGGGCCAGGCUGCAUCCCCGCUGUGAUCACUGCCCUGGUGUCCAUUAUCAAAGUCAUUUUCAGACCACCUGAAAUUGUCCCUCGGUAUAUAGCAAGUGAGAUAGAUGGUGUUGUUUACUUGAGAGAACUGGAACCAGUUAACACUCCAAUUGCUUUUUUCACCAUAAGAGAUCCAGAAGGUAAAUACAAGGUGAAUUGUUAUCUGGAUGGGGAAGGGCCAUUUAGGCUCUCUCCCUACAAACCAUAUAAUAAUGAAUAUUUGCUAGAAACCGCAAAGCCUAUGGACUAUGAACUACAACAGUUUUAUGAAGUAGCUGUCGUGGCCUGGAACUCUGAAGGAUUUCAUGUCAAAAAAAUUAUUAAAGUGCAACUUUUAGAUGACAAUGACAAUGCUCCUGUUUUCCUUCAACCCCUGGUAGAACUAACAAUUGAAGAAAACAAUGCACCCAAUGCCUUUUUGACUAAGCUGUAUGCUACAGAUGCUGACAGUGGAGAGAGAGGCCAGGUUUCGUAUUUUCUUGGAGCUGAUGCUCCGUCCUACUUUUCCUUAGACAGUGCUACCGGAGUCCUAACAGUUUCUACUCAACUAGACCGAGAAGAGAAAGAGAAGUACAGGUACACAGUUAGAGCUGUUGACUCUGGAAAGCCACCCAAAGAAUCAGUUGCUACCGUGGCUCUCACAGUGCUGGAUAAGAAUGACAAUAGUCCUAGGUUUAUCAACAAGGACUUCAGCUUUUUUGUGCCAGAAAACUUUCCGGGAUACGGGGAAAUUGGAGUAAUCAGUGUCACAGAUGCUGACGCUGGACAGAAUGGAUGGGUGGCUCUCUCCGUGGUGAACCAAAGUGAUAUCUUUGUUAUAGAUACAGGCAAGGGCAUGUUGAGAGCUAAAGUUUCAUUGGACAGGGAGCAACAAAGCUCUUAUACUUUGUGGGUUGAAGCCAUUGAUGGUGGUGAGCCUGCCCUAUCCUCUACUGCAAAAAUCACAAUUCUUCUUUUAGACAUCAAUGACAACCCUCCUCUUGUCUUAUUUCCUCAGUCGAAUAUGUCUUACCUUUUGGUUCUGCCGUCUACUCUCCCUGGCUCCCCAGUUACAGAAGUCUAUGCUGUGGACAAAGACACAGGCAUGAAUGCCGUCAUAGCUUAUAGCAUCAUAGGGAGAAGAGGUCCAAGACCUGAGUCCUUUAGGAUUGACCCCAAAACUGGCAACAUUACUUUGGAAGAAGCAUUGCUGCAGACAGAUUAUGGACUCCAUCGCUUACUGGUGAAAGUGAGUGAUCAUGGCUAUCCAGAGCCUCUUUACUCCACUGUCAUGGUGAACCUCUUUGUCAAUGACACUGUCAGUAAUGAGAGCUACAUUGAAAGCCUUUUAAGAAAGGAACCAGAAAUUAAUAUAGAGGAGAAAGAACCACAAAUCUCAAUAGAACCAACUCACAGAAGGGUAGAGUCUGUGUCUUGUAUGCCCACGUUGGUAGCUCUAUCUAUAAUCAGCCUGGGUUCCAUCACACUUGUAACAGGGAUGGGUAUUUACAUCUGCUUACGGAAGGGGAAAAAACAUCGCAGGGAAGAUGAAACUUUGGAAGUACAAAUUCCACUGAAAGGAAAAAUUGACUUAUGUCUGAGAGAAAAGAAACCGUUGGAUAUUUCUAAUAUUUGAUAUUUCAGUGUAAGCGACACUUCUUUAACUAAUUUUGGAUAGUCUUCACUACCGAAACGAGUAGUUGAUGGCAGUUCCAAUGAAGGACAACUAAUUUAUAACUUAUAUUAUAUUGUAAAUAGCUGUUUACAGGUUUUUAAAUUCAAAUUCAGAUGUUAUAAGACGUGUACAGCAUUUUUUAAAUGAGAAUUAAUACUACCAGCUGUAGAAAUGUUUAAAAAAUGCUUGGACAUCAUUUGCAGCUUCCAUACACCAAGCAGAUGAUUCAUAAAACCUGAGAGAAAGGUAAGACUAUGGUACGUUAGUUUUUUUGUCUAAAAAGUCCUUUAACCACAAGAGGGCAUCAGCUGCCCCUUUGCAGGGAAUUGUUUGAGGUAUUGUACAUGACAAGAGUUGUACAUGAAAUAAAUGAAAGAGUAUAUUUUAAAUAUAUUGUUUUUAGCAUUUAACAAAUCUGAAAUUAAAGUAAGUUUUAUUUGCCCUACUUAAAUGUAUGAUAAGAGGGAAAAGAAAUGCAUUUUUAAACAGAAUGUUUAUUACCUCAUGAGUACAUCAUGUAUCAUUUGAAAGAGAAGAUAUUAAAAAAAAUAUUUUUUAGCAAGGAUAAAAAACAAAACAAAACAUUGCUAUGUGUUAAAGUUUUUACCUGCUGAAGAGUAUUUCAUUUCCUCUAUACUCAAAUUGUUUUCAGUUUGCUUUACCUCCACACUUGCUGUUAUUACAGGGGGAAAUAUAUAUAUUCUUCCUUACAGAAAAUGGAACUAGAAAUUUUGCCCAGGAAAAACAGCCAGAAGCAAAGAUGUGUUUUGAUUCUUAGUUGCUUCAUAGGUAUUCAUGACAUUAUGGUGUUUAUAUAGCUUGUGAGUAGUACUUUAAACUUGGGUUGCAUAUUAGAUUUUUGUAUGCUUAACCUCCUCCAUCACUUAAGAAAAUAAAAAUCAUAUUAAAACCGAAUUAUUCUAGAAACUAGUGUAAACUGAUGGCCAUUUUAGUUGGGCAUUUUUAAUGAAAGUUAUAUUUUUAUUGUUGUUGAGUUUUGUUGAAUACCGUUCUGGCUUCCUUUCUUUGGCUUUGGAGUAAGUCCAAGAGUUUAUUUGUAAGCCCAGAAGUAGAUUUCUUAGAUAACUUAUCUUUUACUGAGUCCUUUGUAAAGAAGAAGUCUGGUUCAUCAGUGACUGAUCACUUGCACUUCAUUGUAUGAGCUGGAAUUUAUUUCAUAUGAGAGCUAUCACAAAGUUGUCUGUAUAAACAAGGAAUGUGUUAGCUUAAACUGGAUCAUUUACUUUUUGUCAUCAAGCGUCUGUAUUGAACCAAAAGUGUUUAUAUGUCUGCAAAUUAAAGCUAUAUAUUUUCAUAA